AUGUCGGACAGUGCUGGUACCGAAGGUGCUAGCCUACAGGAUGUUAAUCAAGGGUCUAGGAUUAUCAUAGCCACCGCUAUCACUACUGCCGCCGCAUUACUCACCGUUUUGGCUCGGUUCUACGUGCGCGUAUUCCUGAUUCGCAAUGUCGGCUGGGAUGAUUAUACUAUGGCUCUGACGAUGCUGCUGUCUGUCUGUGGAUUUGCCAUUAUCGUCCCCGAAGUGAAGUAUGGUGCAGGCAGACAUAUGGUUUUUGUCCAAGAAACGGCCGUCACGGCGAUGCAUUUGAAUUAUGCUACUCAGGGGAUCUACAUGUGGGCCAUCGGCUUGGUCAAGAUAUCAAUUGGGCUGUUUUUGCUUCGUUUCGCACCCCGCAGAGGGUACAGGAUCUUUAUCUGGGUUGUCUUGGUUCUCAUGACGCUCUACACUGCAAUUUGUUUUUUGACUCUUAUUUUUGAAUGUCAGGAUAUUCGAGCAAAUUGGGAUCCUACAGUCAAAUCGAAGUGCUUUACUCCCAAACAACUUUUGACUCUGAGUUAUACAAACACUGCACUGAAUAUUCUGACCGAUCUGAUCUUCGCCGUUCUACCGGUCUUUAUGCUACGUCAUCUUCAAGUCAAUCGCCGGGUGAAAGCCUCUCUGAUCUGUAUCCUGGGCCUGGGAAUUUUUGCCUGUGCAGCCGCUUUCGUCAAGCUCUCUAUCCUACCUAGCUACGGUCGAACUGGUGACUUCCUUUGGGACUAUACAAACCUCACAAUCUGGGUUGUCACGGAAUGCAACACCGGUAUCAUGGCCGGCAGCCUCCCAACCCUCAAACCACUCUUCAAGAGAGUCCUCGGCACAUACGGCUCGCAUACGAAAACCACCCGCGAGUACUUCGGCAGCAAGAAAUAUAAAAUGCAGUCAAUGUCUCGAUCACGAGGGCCGCCGCUGCAAUCCCGAGCACACAAAAGUGGCAAUCUCAGUAUCAUCGAGUUCGACGCGGACCCGAAGACGCAACACUCCCGGAUUGGUUCUACAACAGGCUCGACGAAGUACUCUGGAAGUCAACGAAGCAAUUCCAGCGAGGAGCGGAUAUUACCUGCCGAGGGUGAUGCAAUCGUUUGCACAACGGAAGUAAUGGUUUCGCGUGAGCAGAAUCCUCCUGAGAUAACGCCCAGCCCUCCUUCUAUACCCAAAUUGGGCAGGAUGGGAUCGUUAAGUGGCUUGCGCGUCAAUGCAGAUGAUCGGGUUUGA